AUGGAGCAGAUUAAGAAAACAAACUGGCUGAAUUAUGAUUAUGAUAUCUUGAAAUCUGAUGAUGGAUCGCAUAAUGCAUGUAUGGAAGAUUGCCAGUGCAUGUUAGUUAUUCACAAUAAUGACCUACAACGAUUUUGGAAGAAAUCAAUGCCUCUGCUGGGAGGCCGAGCAGAUAAUUCCAGUAUAGCUUUUGUAAAAGUCCACAAGGCCGUAGCCAUUCCUCCCAUGCCAAUACCAACCCUGUUUCCUUCCAUGCUGCCAAAGCAAAGGAAUGAGAAGGGGGAGGCGCUUACUAUUAUUGACAUAGACACAGCAACUAGAGGAUUCGUGCAAGAAAUUGGAAGGGGUGCCUUUGAGAAGGUCUACAAGGGUGUCUUAUAUGACGGAAGAGCAAUUGUUAUGAAGAAGCUUGACGUUCAGCUAGACGAGGCUCUGAGAAAUGGAGAAAGGCAGUUCAAAACAGAGAUGGGUAUUAUCGGUGGAAGACAUCAUAAAAAUCUAGUUAAACUCUAUAGUUUCUGCCAUGAGGGCUCCCACAGGCUUCUGGUGUAUGAGUACAUGCCCAAUGGGUUUCUGGAUAGCGUGUUGCAUAAGAGUACAAAAGAUUUCAAUUGGGAGCUGCGUUUUCAGAUUGCUAAGGGAAUUGCAAGGGCAAUACUAUACUUGCAUGAGGAGUGCACAACCCUAUACUCCAUUGUGAUAUAA